AUGUACCAGAAAGGACUUCGGCUGCUAGUGGAAUGUAGGAAUCCUUCACUUGGGGAUCCAGCGCUGAUUGCCACAGCUGCAGAAUCUGGUCACGUUAAGGCUCGUGAAGUGAUUGUAACUGCUUCCGCCCUUGCCUGGGGCGGCUUGCCUCUGUCAGUUGAGAAAGCAGUCGAGGGUUUUCGGCAUCUUGCUGAAGAAGGAAAUCCUCGUGGGCAGCUAGGCUUGGGAAUCAUGUAUGCCGCUGGCGUUGGAGUAAAUGCUAGUAUACCGCGAGCCCUUGUCUACCAAACAUUUGCCGCUCUUGGUGGUGAUGAACUUGCUGAAAUGGCCAUGGGCUACCGUUACCUUGUCGGAGCUGGUGUGGAACCAAAUUGUGAAACGGCUCUGGCCUACUACCGACGCGUAGCUGCGACAGUCGCAGAGCAGGUGGAAAAUCGCAUAAAGGAGGGAGCUGGUCCCACCCUAACUGGACCCACUGUAGUCCGCAUUAAUCUGCUUGAGGAACGUGAACAGGCUUUAGGCGGUGGAGGCGGCGCUGCCCUCUCAAAUUACUUUAUAUCUGAUGACAUCCUCUCCUACUACAAAUUCGUUGCCGAUUCGAAUAAUGUCAGUGCUCAGGUUACACUCGGUCAACUCUACUACAACGGCCAGCAUGGAAUUGACCUGGACCACAAAUUGGCUCUUCAUUACUUCAAACGUGCUGCCGAUUCUGGGAGUCACCUAGCUAUGGCCUACCUGGGAGAGAUGUACCUCGUGGGAAGUCCAGAUGUUCCGAAGGAUGAAAGUUUGGCACUGAACUAUUUGCAACGUGCUGUAAUCGCGGGAAAUCCACUCGCCCUAACAAGUUUGGGGCUGGCUUAUCUUCACGGUCGCGCGGGAUUGACACCCGAUCCUGUUAAGGCAAUGGACCUCUUUGUUAAAGCCGCGGACCAAGGUUGGGCUGAAGCUCAACUGCAACUGGGCUUAUUGUUUAUGGGCACUGUAGGGAGGACUUCAGACUACAAAAUGGCAUUAAAGUACUUCACUCUGGCUUCACAACAGGGUAACACUCUGGCUUUCUACAACCUUGGACAAAUGCACGCAACAGGGAUGGGUGUUUUUCGUUCCUGUAGUACUGCUACUGAAGACGUCCUACUCACGUAUUAUGAACUAUUUGACGCCCGAUUUUACACACAGCUGUUUAAAAAUGUGGCCGAACGGGGACGCUGGUCACAGCUGCUCACCUCAGCGUACCUCGAGUACUGGUCUGGCAAUCGCGGGGCCGCCUUUCUCCAGUACCUUGCACUUGCUGAACUCGGCUACGAAGUUGCACAGAGUAAUGUCGCGCUGAUGCUGGAAGACGUAGUCACUCGUUCUAUUCGUGAUCUCCAGAUUUUCGUAAUUUGUUGUCAUUGUGCUGUGUUCCACAGUCCUCCUCAAAUUUGCUUCUACGCCACUCUCGAUUGCUUUCUUGUGGGUGAUGUCGACUUCAUCCCCAAGACUGAGCGUUAUGAGCGCGCGUUGGUAUAUUGGAAACGUUCCGCCGGCCAAGGUUCCUCUUCAUCGCGGGUGAAGUUGGGCGAUUAUUACUUCUACGGACUAGGGACCGAGGUUAACUACGAGCAGGCGAUCCAGGAAUACCGGAUUGCUACAGAUGUGCUGCGAAAUGCCCAGGCCAUGUUUAACCUUGGGUACAUGCACGAACAGGGGCUCGGAUUCAAACGCGACCUUUAUCUCGCAAAGCGAUUCUAUGACAUGGCUGCUGAGACUUCGUCGGAUGCGCAAAUUCCAGCAGCGUUGGCCUUGGUCAAACUUUCUUUCCAUUUCGCACUUGACUUUCUGCGAAAGGCUCCAAUUAUCCGGUGGAUUGCUGACUUGUUCUCUUCAUCAUCUGAUGGUGCCACCGCCAGGAAUUCGGAAGUCACCAUGCAGAUGGACUGGGAUUUCUACAUUAUUCCUCUUCUUGCUGGCCUUCUUGCUAUCCUCAUUGUUUACAUUCGUUUACAGCGAUAA